AUGAAGGACCAGAUGUGGAAAGCAGUAAAGUCAACAACCUUGCCUUACUUUCUCAAGGAAAUGGAGGAGAUGAAGUCCCUUGAUGUUGAUGCUUAUAAUUGGUUGACAGCACCCGAGAGGCCACCCAAACAUUGGUCCAGGGCAUAUUUCAGAACAGGCAACAAUUGUGACAUCCUCAUUAACAACAUGUGUGAGAGCUUUAAUGCCCUUAUUCUAGAGGCAAGGGGUAAGCCUCCUAUCACUAUGUUUGAAGAGAUAAGGAUGAAGUUAAUGAGGAGGAUUCAAAUUAGGAAGGACAAGAUGGCAGCAUAUCAUGGAAAUAUCUGCCCAAAGGCCAGAAAUGUGAUUGAGAAGAAUAAGGUAAAGGCUGCUGAAGAUUGCAUUUCAACAUUCAAUGGUGGGAACCAAGCAGAAGUGGAGAACAUUGAGGGUUCCAAGAAUGUUGUUGACCUUGCUGCAAGGACAUGCAGCUGCCGGAGGUGGAAUUUGACUGGAAUCCCAUGCAAGCACGCCAUUUCUGCAAUAUUUGGGAAGAGGGAGGAUGUUGAUCACUAUGUGGCAGAUUGCUACCUCAAGAGCACAUAUAUGACUAUCUACUCAAACUUGAUCAUGCCUGUUAAUAGUAUGGAUAUGUGGUCAACAAGUGAAGAACCAGCAAUCUUACCUCCUCAAUACUCAAGGCAACCAGGUAGGCCAAAGACUAAGAGAAUCAAGGAUCCUUCUGAAAAGCUUCAAGAUAGUGUUAGUAAACUUGGAAGGGUGCAAAGGUCACUCAAGUGUGGCAACUGCAACCAAGUAGGACAUAAUGUCAAAACUUGUCAGAGGCAUUUGCCUCCAAAAGAGAAGAAGACUUCAGCUGUUUCUAAGAAAAGGAAGGAAAAUAAUGAAGCUGGUCAAGGUUCUGGAAAUCAGUCCAAGAGAGGAAAAAAGGGUCCUAUGACUGCCAAUGAGUUGAGGCAGAAAGUGAAGGAAAGAGCUGAGUAUCAAAGGAAAAAGUGGGCUGCACAGAAGGCAGCAAGCUUGGCAGAAAACAGGUGUGCCCCAACAAGAGGGAGGCCUAGACAAGCCACAUCUGCCCCAACUGCCUCAAGGCAUGUUCAAGCUACCUCAACCACCAUUACCUCAAGGCCUCCACAAGCUCCUAGGGCAUCAACCAAGCAAGUUGCAACACCAACAAGAUCAUCCCAAAGGAUCAGAGAAAAUUCUGGUAAGGGAGAGGGAAAAUAGGUCUGCAAAUUUAUCAAGUAUUAGGCUGCCAACCAAGUGAAGUUUAGACAUCCUUUUUUUGUGCAACCUUGUGUUGUUGCACUUGGUUGCUAGCUCUAAUCUUUUGAUAAGAUGAUUAGAGCUAAACUACUAGCUUAUA